AGUCUGAAGGUAACAUUAUACAGGUUUCAGGUGACAUCCCAUUCUGUAUAAAAGUUAUAAAAGCAGAUAGUAAAGUGUUGGGAAUUAAAAAUUAACCAGGAAAAGAUCUGGAUGAAACUGCAGAUUAUAAAUAUGUCAUUGCUGAAGCCAGGACACCAUUACAGGAGGUGAGAACUCAACUGAUCUUACUCGGAAGACUGAGAGGGACAAUCUGAAAGAAAUAACAUUUGGUGAGUUUUUCUUUAAAUUUUGAGAGGAGCGAAAAUGGCUGAGAAACCAACUUUUAUCAAAAGCCACCUGAGUUGCCAUCUGUGUUCAGAGACCUUCAAAGACCCUGUAACUCUGACCUGCAACCACAGCUUCUGUUCAAGCUGCCUGAAAACAUUCUGGGAACAAAACAAAAAGAAAAACUGUCCACGUUGUAAACAAAAAAUUCUAAAAAAAUGUCCUGGAAUUAACUUUCCUCUGAAGGAGCUGGCUGAUUCCUUUGCUGAGAGACAGAAAGCUUGGGCUGUAUGCAAUAAACAUCAAAAGGAGCCCCAACUGUUCUGUGUGGAUGAAGACAAACCUCUGUGUCCUGUCUGUGACUUUCCUCACCAGCAGAGUCACAAAGUGAUUCCUGUAGAAGCUGCUAUCGACGUCCUGAAGGAGCAGCUGAAAUCUGACUUAAAGUCUCUGCAGGACGAGAGGGACAAAUACAAACAAAUGGAGGAAAAAUACAAUGAAAUGAGGGAACACAUCGAGAAACAGCUGUUGUCCACAGAGAGGCAGAUCAGAGCAGAGUUCAACAAGCUCCAGCAGUUCCUGAAAGAGGAAGAGGAGUCCAGACUGGCAGCUCUGAGGGAGGAAGAGGAGCAGAAGGGGAGGACUAUCAGCAGAGAGAUGAAGAUGAUUGAGGAGCAGAUCUCCUCUCUGUCAGACAGCAUCUCUGCUGUUGAAGAAGAGCUGCAGAAAGACAGCGUGCCAUUCCUCAGCAGUUAUAAAGACACUCAGAGCAGAGCCAGAGCCCAGAGCUCAGUGUCAGAUCCACAGCUGGUCUCAGGAGCACUGAUAGAUGUGGCCAAACACCUGGGCAACCUGUCCUUCAGAGUGUGGGAGAAGAUGAAGGACAAGGUCCACUUCAGUCCUGUCAUUCUGGACCCAAACACUGCAAGCCCUUAUCUCUAUUUGUCUGAUGAUCUGACCAGUGUGAGACGUCAAGACACAAAACAGCAGCUUCCUGAUAAUCCAGAGAGAUACAUUAAGCACACCAAUGUUCUGGGCUCUGAGGGCUUCAGCUCAGGGAAACACAGCUGGGAGGUGGAGGUGGGAGACCAUCCACGCUGGAAUUUGGGAUUAGUUAGGGAGUCAGUUGGCAGGAAGGGAGAGCAUUCUGCUUCAUCUAAAUAUCCAAUCUGGUGUUUAUUUUAUGACAGUGGAAAAUACAUUAUUGUUGUUGGUCAGACUGUAAAAGUGAAGAAGAGUCUCCAGAGGAUCAGAGUCCAGCUGGACUAUGACAGGGGGGAGGUGUCCUUCUAUGACCCUAAAGACAUGACUCACAUCUACACUUACAGAGACAUUUUCACUGACAAACUCUUCCCAUUUUUCAGUAUUGGAGAGGCAGGAGAUGCCAAAACCUCUGAUAUCAAAAUCUGUCAGACUGUGAUUUGAUUGUAAAGUAAUUCUUUUCUAACACUCUUUUGUUUUUUAGUUUAGUAGUUAAGUAUGUCUUUGUUGAUAGUUUUAAAAAAGUGCAAAAUAUUCAUGUGUAGAAUAGACCUAACUGUUCAUGCUGAUAUACCAGUUGACCUCGUAUUUGUGUAACAACUAAUUUACAAUUACAGUUAUUCACUAUUCAUAAAAUCUCUUUUCUCAGUUUAUAUUUUCUAAUUCUGUGGGAACUGUUUAAUAAUAUCAGACACAAUUAAUCACUUCUAAGUGUGAGAAAUCUGAAGACUGUCUUAUUUACAACUACAACUGAACACUAUUUAACUAAACCCUCUGUUGAGUGUUUUUCAAUCCAUGAAACUCCAGAAGAUGACUGAUAAAGACACAAAAAGCUCACAAAUUAGGAAAUUUUUGUGUAUGUUCUGUUAUCUCAUUUAAACAGGAACAUUAUUUGUAUAAUUUCUAAACAUUUUUGCAUUUAAAGCUGCUGUUUGUUCCAAUGAUCUCAGGUAAGGUUGAAAAUG